UCCUGCAGCCACCAUGGCCCAGCAAAAGGCAGGCACUGCCCCCAAAACCGGCCGCCCCAAGAAGCCUGUGGAGGAGCCGGUGGCGAGGGCACCCGAUGUGGACUCACUGGGCUUCCAGGCCAUGGACCGCAACGUGCCAGGGCUGUCCCACGUCAUCCUCCAGAAGCUCAACAUGAAGAGCUAUGAGGACUACAAGUCUGCCAUGGAUGGGAGGAAGAGUGGCAGCGAUUUUGGCAUCCGGACUUACUUUGACAUGUUCCAGAAGAUGGAGGACACCUUCAAGUUUUGUGCCGAGUGCAAGAAGCUCCCUAAUGCCCUCCCUGACCCCAAAAGCCUCCGACGAUGCAAGAGGUGCCAAAAUGUGUACUACUGCGGCGUGGCAUGCCAGCGUGCCAACUGGCCGCUGCACAAGAAGUUCUGCAAGAAGCUGAAGCUGGUGGCCCUAGAUAGGCUGGUGGAGUGGCUCGUCUUCACAGGAGACAUCCCCUUCCCCACAGAGACCUGGACAAAACCUGCCCAGGACGUGAAGGGCUGGGAGGACUGGUUCUCCAUGCAGGGGCAGCUGGAGGAGAAGCUGGACACCAUCCUGGCCGGGCGGUACAUGACCCUCCUCUGGGCCAACGCUGGGAAGCCCCGGCCAGAGGAUGGGGAGCUGCGUGAAUCUGUCCGGCGGCUGGUCACUGACUUCCACUCACGGCCGCUCACCAUCGGAUUGGGGCUACGGCUUUUCGGCAUCGACCCCCUCGCCAAGGCCCUCACUGUGCAUGUGGUGGGGGCAUCCCACGUCGAGACCCUCAAUGCCCGGCUGACAGACUAUGACGAGCUGACGCGCAUGUUCCCGGGGCACCAGGGCAUGGAGGUGGUAAUGGUGGGGGUGGACGUGGUCGAUGGACCCAUCAUGAGGCCACCCCUGGCCAUGCCGGCGCCCCAGGGAAGGGUCUAUCUCAGCAGCUACAAGGGACUCUACCACGACUUCUGGGAGAGCCAUGUGGAGACCAAGCUGGCUGCCCGCCCUGAUUUGGUGGUGGGCUUUCACCCGGGUUUCCAUGCCUGUCCAGACUUGCUGGCGGGCUGGCUGCCCACCCUGCUGCUGCUGCGGGACUACCGCCUGCCUGUCCUCUUCACCGUUUACAGCGAGCAGGAGCUGAAGUCCUCCCUGCAGAUCCUGGUGGAGCUUGAGACGCACAUCAUGGGCUACGCCACCAACCCCUUCGCCUCGCUCCGGCCAGAGCAGGUCUACUCCAGUCCCAACAAGGCACCCGUCUACUGCAGCUCUUACUACAUCACCCUGCUGGGGCCAGUGACAUUGGCUGUGCCGGGUGCUGAGGAGCUGGAGGAUGGGUGGUGCUCCAGCAUCGCUCGCCAAGCCCCGCAGCUGCUCAGACUGGCACCAGCACCCAGCCCGGCCAUGGCACACGGGUACCGGCUGCCGCAGCCCUGCUGCUCAUCAGGCUCGGUGGCCCCUGAGGAAACCAGGGUGGGUGGCACUGAGUGA